AUGCUGACUUCCCAAGGUUUGGUUUUGGCCACGGCCAUGGCCGUCUCCGCCGGCACCAUUUUCCUGUUUGAUCAUUUGCGGGAAAAAUAUUUCCCCCAUGCCCCCCAUCUCUCCCAAAAUCACAAUUUCCCCCCUCAAGCCCUCAAGCCCUGUUUAUCCCCAGGUUGCCGGAAAAGGGGUAAAGAGCAGAGAAAAAACGGCCAGACAAAGAGGGUUCGAUUUGCAAACGAUGUCAAGGAUUCGAAGGGCAACGGCGAAUUGUACAGAAAAGCAGGCAGAAAAUUUGUUGGUAAAAAUUCUUGCUGUGAAGAAGUUCUUGGAAUUCCGAAAAUGCCCCCAAAUCGUGCGGUUCUGUACAGUGGGAUCCUCAGAGAUCGUGUGCAGAGGAUGGAGUAUUCCUACUGA